UCGAUAGGGACAUGGUGUGUGAAUGUUGCCAGAUAUAACGAAUGCAUGGUAUAAGGACUGGGUGUGUAAUGGACAGAUUUUCUUUCUACUAUUGUUCGUGGUCCUUUCAGAGCUGACCCAAGUAUUCCCCCUCACUAGUCCUGAACGCCGAGCCGCUCAUUGUUUGCUUUGAAAGGAUUCGAUCUGCAAUUGACAACCAAUCCGAUUCCCUCUGAGCCUGUUUUCGAUUGCUUCGAUCAGCGACGCAUGACGGGUCGCUGUUUUUGUAUCUUUCGGAUCAGUCGGUUUGGGAAAAUGCUUCAGACACUACGUGGAGUUUACACACGAUAUACAUGACAAGACACACAUGUCACCGAUGGGAAGUUUUGUUUUAACAAGUUCUCGACUUACAUCAGCUUUCAAAGAUGCAGUUCUCCUCCUGCUUGUAUGCAUACAGUGCACCUCCUCAACAAAUUGUGGAGGGUAUAUUGUUAUACAUGGGCAAGCGUCUGGGGUGAUCGCCUCCCCCAAUUACCCCAACGCCUACCCUAACUUUACCCGGUGCAUCUGGACGUUCGAGGCAAGCACGGAGUACCAGGUGCUGCUCACUAUCAACUUCCAGGGUCAACAGGAAGGGGCAGUCUGCAAUGACUACAUCGAGAUCCGCGAUGGCAGCGCAACGUCCGACGUCCUGUUCUCAUCCUGUGGUACUCUGGCGGCACACAACGUGACUUCCACUGCCAGAUGGCUGCGGAUACUGUUCUACAGCGACGGGAGCGUUGCGGCCCAGGGACUUCAAGCCACGUAUUCACAGAUAUACGCAGGAUCCGUCAUAAACAACAUAUCAUCCCCGAUACCUGAUUGUCGAAGUCACGAGUACCGCUGUUCAAACAAAGAAUGCAUUAGCAUGUCCUACCGCUGUGAUGGAUAUUUCGACUGCGGCUGCGCUGACGGAGGUUGCGACGAGGAUGGAUGUGGUGGUAUAUCAAUGAGUUAUCCAGCCCGAAUCGCCAUGGGGAUAGGCAUUGGGAUAGGCAUGUUUGUCUCCGUGUGCAUGCUAGCCUUGUUCAUUGAGAGGAGACAUAACUGGGCCAAGUUGAAACGGGAAAAAAAUGAAAAAAUGAAAAACAAGCGCAGGAGGUAGUAAUCUUGGCUUCGUGUUGGAACAUUUGGCAUCAAUGCAAUCUUUACGUUUGUUGAAAUACUGGUACGUAUAUAGAAACGAUUGCCAAGGAACGGGAACAUGUGGUUCAAACCGACACUUUUAUUGGAAUUUACAUCAGUCUAUGCAAAACGUUUUGCUAAACAUACUUAAGAAAAAACACGACUCGACAAUUGAACCCGCGGAUCUAUAUCUUCCACGCGGUCGAUAGCAACAGAGGACCCCGGUGGCCAAGUAGAAUAAGACGCCGCAAUUCGCUGUGCAGAGUUGCGUCCCUUGGGACCUCUGAUCGUAGGUUCCAGCCCCGUUCGCCCUGAUUAUAUGUCUAGGAUGGUCAGUACUAUACCCGUGCUCCUGGUUUCACCAAUGUGUCUAAGACCUGAAUCACUUUCCUCACACAUUAAGCUGACACUCGCUAUAUAACAAUAGCAGGGGUGGAAGGUUUGCUGGUGAGCCAGUCGAUUAUGAACAGCUAAGGUAUGUGUCAACUCCACGUGAUGAGUAAGCAUGAACCCCACGUGUCUCCUGUUCAAUUGAAAUGGAUUCUUCCGUUGCACGCGAAACAGUCCCCAAAUGCGGAGUCCAAAUCGAUUUUUCUGUAGUUUAGUCGUGUAUUGCAUGUCAAUAGUCAAGGGAAGGCCAGAAGCAUCACAAUAUACCUGGUAAAAUGUAAUUAAUAAUUCAUAAGGAAAGACAUAAGUGUACCGCCCUGUUAUAUUACUUCAUUCAUCGUAAAUAAAUAAGUACAUAACGUAGAAUAUUUCAACUUUGCACACACGUUUUGAAAUGUUCAACACACGGUUAUUUGCAUCCCAAUUUCCGACAUAUUUUGUUCCUUGUACAUUAGCAUGUUCUUUGAUCUGACAUUGUCACCGUGGUACACGGACAACAGCAGACUGUAGAUUAUUGUAUAUUCAUUUGUAAAUAAAGCAUCACAGUGAAG